AUGGAGGGAAUUGAUAUUCAUUACUCUACCCAAUUAUCCAAAAACAACGAUGAUCUGAUGAUUCUUGACCUUCCUGAAGAUCUUUUACAAGAAAUCGAGUCUGGGAAAAUUUUGUCAAUUAAAGGGCAGCUGUCUGAUGAAGCCAUUAUAUGUGGAUCAUCAUCUUCAUAUAUUUUGAGAUCAAGCGAAACAUCGAAUGCAUUAAUGCUGGUUAACAAUGGCACAAUAGAAAAAGAAGCACACUCUAUUCUUACUUGUGAAAAAAUAAUACCGCCAUUGCAUCAAGUUUUGACAUUGCUUGAAGAAUCUCCUUAUACAUUUAAUGAUCAAAGUAAUCAAAAAUUAGAAAAAACUAAUUUUCUCGUUAAAAUUAAAAAUUAAUUGUAAAUUUGAUAAAAAUAUAAAAAAAUAAAAAAAAAAAUUUUUUAAUAGAGUAAUGUUUAUAGCUUUGAAGAAAUUGUGGAAAAAGCCCAAGCGAGCCCAAAAGAAAUAAAGGAUUAUUUAGAAAAAAUAUCAAGCUUUGAAUGAGAAGGGUGCCAGAGGAUUUUUGAUGAGGAAUUUAGGGUAGAAGCUUUAAAAAAUGUGCUUUAUUUGGUUAUGAAAUAUGACUGGGAAACUGUUUCAGUCAUGGAUGUGGCUACAGCGAAUGAAUUUCGAGGAAUUCCUCAUCAAAUUGUUGAGGCUUUGCUAUCAACAAUAGGAAAUGUUAGCACAUACUGGGAGCCUGAUUUUUUAAAAGUGUAUCAGGUAGGUGUAAUGGAUUUAUUUCUUCAAAACCCUGAAUAUUAUGCUAAUGAAUUUGGAGAAGCCUAUUCUAAAUUAUUAGAAAUCCUUAUACCCAGAAGAAUGAUAACAAAUUUUCCAUUAUCUCAAAUUUUGCAAGGCAUCGCAAUAAAUAGGGUGUCAAACUCAAAACUUACCAUAAGGUACCUACCUGCUGCAAAAUUGUCAUAUAUACUAUUUAUACUAAAUAAAGCAAAAAAUAUCAUUAUUAUAAUGGCUGAUUCUAUAUAAAAUUUAAUUUAUUUAUACCCUAUUUGUUUUUUGUGUAUAAUUUUCAAGACAGGCUAAAUUUACUCUUUUCUAUUAAAGACAAAUGAACUGAAGAAGAAAUAGGAAUUUAUCUUCACGACGUUCUGACGAUGCCACUGCCAAAGGCGCUUCUAAAAUAUACAAAAAGGAUUUCAGAAAACAGCCAAGUUAUGUUUAUGAAUAAAUUAAAUUAG